AUGAAGUCUACUUCGAUUUUCGUGCUCUUCUUCGUUGUCGCUGUCGCUUUCUGCGCUGUGGGCACAGUUAAGAAACCGCUUCUUGAUGUGGCUAACAUGCCGGUUAACUAUCCAAACUGCGUUCCAGACGAGUACGGCACCCCAAGCAUUCCAUGCCCAGGUCCACCAAAGAAGGCGGACAGCGAAUGGCCAUGCGUUAGAUAUGUUGACCUUUGCAACAUGCGCAUUGACUGCCCAAAUGGUGAAGAUGAAAGCGUCCAACUCUGUUUUUACCACAACGCUGUAAGAAAGGCCCACAUUCAAAGGUUGUAUCAACGCAUCGACAACCUUCGCGGAUUAUAA